UCGAUGCCGAGAGAAUUGUAUGAUCUUGAAUUAGACAAAAGAAAAAAUCAACUUUUCGACUAUUUUAUUUAAAUAACAACAAAAUAUACACGUAGCUGCGAGGCUAAAAGUGGCUUCCUAUUCGCCAGCUUCGUGUUCGAAUAACCCCGCUCCACCUUAAAUGGGGCAGCAGGUACAUUCUGGCGUCUGAGGCGUUAUAAUAAUAACUGCUGCACCGUUUAAGGUGGAACGGGAAAGUUCGAACGAGAAGCUGACUUCAGCUCCGUCACGUAGCUGAUGCUUUGUUGUGACUAAUUGUCUCAGAAGCUUGUUGUUCAUUGACACCAGCAGAUGUGAAGAGGAGGCACAAUGGUUUCCAAAGCAGGACAUCUCCGGAGCUGAAUGAACUUCAGGACAGAAAGGAUGCUCUCAUCUCUCUCUGCUCGAGCUUCACAGUAUGGACUGUGGCCGAGGAGAUACCUGUGGACACUUGUUUGCUUUUACCUUCUCUUGUUCCUCUCUGAGAGCUGCGACAAGCGCUGCUUCAGUGGAAGAUGCGUUAAUGGAAGCUGCAUCUGUGACCAUGGCUGGGUGGGAGAGCAGUGUCAGCACUGUCAGGGGAGAUUCAAAUUGACUGAACCAUCAGGAUCACUCACAGAUGGCCCCGUGAACUACAAGUACAAGACCAAAUGCACAUGGCUCAUCGAGGGGUUUCCAGAUGCUGUCCUCAGGUUGAGAUUUAAUCAUUUUGCUACAGAGUGUGGUUGGGACCACAUGUACGUCUUUGAUGGAGACUCCAUCUAUGCACCUUUGGUAGCUGUAUUCAGUGGCUUGGUCGUUCCUGAAACAAAAGAGAAUGAAAGCAUCCCAGAGGUGGUGACCACAUCUGGUUUUGCCUUGUUGCAUUUUUUCAGUGACGCAGCUUACAACCUCACAGGAUUUGACAUCAUCUAUUUAGUAAAUUCCUGUCCUAAUAACUGCUCAGCUCAUGGAAAGUGUACUGUGGGUGACUCCAUCUCUACCAAUGCGAAGUGUGAAUGCGAUAAGUACUGGAAGGGCGAGGCCUGUGACAUCCCCUACUGCUGGAACAACUGUGGUGGUCCUGACCAUGGAUACUGUGACCUCACUGGAGAAAAGCUCUGCAUCUGCAAUAACAGCUGGCAAGGCCCAGACUGCUCACUGCCAGACCUUUCUGAUGAACCCUACUGGUAUCUGCCUAACAUGAAGCCUGAUAUACAGCCUCUGGGACGAGCAUCUCAUAAGGCAGUGGUGCAUGGAAAACUGAUGUGGGUGAUCGGAGGAUACAGCUUCAACUACAGCUCUUCUCUGAUGGUCUUAAAUUACAAUCUGGAGACCAGUGUAUGGGGUGUGGUUCCAAGCAGCAGUGGUCCAGUGCAACGAUAUGGACACUCUCUGGCUCUGUAUCAGGAUGAUCUCUACAUGUUUGGUGGGAAGUUAGAGGGCAGCACUGAUGAUGUUACAGAUGAACUAUGGGUGUUCAACACAGCAAGCAGGUCCUGGACUCUCCGGACUCCUAGCCUUCUGGUGCAGGCCCAGCUCUUUGCUGUGGAAGGCCACACCGCUCACAUAGUUGAGAUGAGCCAUGGAGAGCCUGUUAUGUUAGUGCUGUUUGGAUACUCUCCCAUCUACAGCUACAUCAGCCACAUACAACAGUACAGCUUACGCACUAACUCAUGGCUGCUUGUGGAGACUCGAGGAGCGCGAGUACAGGGAAGCUAUGGGCACAGCAGUGUGUAUGAUGACUCCUCUCACUCCAUAUACGUCCAUGGAGGAUACAAAGCUCCGUCUUCCAACAAAUAUGGCCUUGUGGACCACCUCUACCGCUACCAUGUCCAUACACGCACAUGGUUCAUUCUGAAGGAAAGUGGUCUGGCCCGGUAUCUUCACUCGGCAGUGCUGAUCAGUGGAGCAAUGCUGGUGUUUGGAGGAAACACUCACAAUGACACGUCACUCAGCAGUGGAGCCAAGUGUUUCUCGUCUGACUUUCUUUCAUAUGACAUUGCAUGUGAUGAAUGGACGGUUCUGCCGAAGCCUGAGCUCCACCAUGAUGUCAACCGUUUUGGACAUACUGCAGUAGUGAGUAAUGGCUCCAUGUACAUGUUUGGUGGCUUCUCUGGUGUGAUACUGAACGAUGUGCUGGUGUAUAAGUCUGCCAGCUGUGAAGCCUUUACUGAUGAGCAGCUCUGUCAAAAUGCUGGCCCUGGCAUCCGCUGCGAAUGGGUUAAGGGUCAUUGUGCCCCAUGGGACUCUCACACACAGAACAACACUGAUUCUUUCUGCCCUGACCGCAGCAAUGCAACAGAUGAGCAGUGCUUCCACUACUCUGACUGCUCCUCCUGCACCGCCAACACCAAAGGCUGCCAGUGGUGUGAGGAUAAGAAGUGCAUCUCUGCUUCCAGCAGCUGCGCUCAGUCUGUGAAGAACUUCACUGAAUGCCACGUCCGCAGUGAGCAGAUAUGCAGUGAGCUGACCAACUGCAGAAGCUGCUCUGUCAACAUCAACUGCCAGUGGGAGCCACAGAUGCAGGAGUGCCAUGCCAUGCCCAUCCAGUUGUGUGGUGAAGGCUGGAGUCAUGUUGGCGAGGUCUGUCUGAGACUAAACCCCAGCAGAGACAGUUACGACAACGCCCAGCACUACUGUAAAAACCUGAAUGGAAACAUUGCGUCACUUACUUCAGCUAAACAGGUGGAUUUUGUACUGGUGGAACUGCAGAGAUUACAGCGACAAGAACAAAAUCUGUCUCCUUGGGUGGGUCUGAGGAAGAUAAAUGUGUCGUACUGGGGCUGGGAAGACUUGUCUCCUUUCACAAACAACACGUUGCACUGGUUACAAGGGGAGCCCAGUGACUCUGGCUUCUGUGCGCACCUGGAGAAAACCCAAGUGACUGGACUCAGAACUAAACCCUGCACUGCCAGCACAGAUGGCCUAAUCUGUCAGAAACCCAUUGCGAGUCCGAGCCCGAGGGUGCUCCCAUGUAAGACGCCCUGCUCACUGCGCAGCACCUGCGAUAACUGCACCGGCCAGGCCAUGGGGUGUGUGUGGUGCAGCAACACUAAACGCUGUGUGGAUUCUAACGCCUACGUCGUCUCUUUCCCAUAUGGACAGUGUUUGGAGUGGCAGACUGGAGACUGCAGAUCUCAGAACUGUUCAGGGCUUCAUUCGUGUGGUCAGUGUUUGGAGCAGCCGGCCUGUGGCUGGUGUGGAGACCCAAGUGACACUGGUCAGGGACGCUGUGUUGAGGGUUCCUACCGUGGAGCAGUGAAGAGACUGAAUGAGCAGAAGCACAUGAUGAUCUUGGACACAAGCCUGUGCCCAGUAGAAAGAGGAUAUAAAUGGGACUUUAUACAGUGUCCAGUAUGUCAGUGUAAUGGACACAGUACCUGCGUGAACGGAAGCUUGUGUGUACAGUGUAGAAACUUCACUACGGGACAGCAGUGCCAAACCUGCCUACCUGGGUACUAUGGUGACCCCACCAAUGGAGGAGCGUGCCGAGCCUGUAGAUGCAACGGUCAUGCCAACUCAUGCCAUGCAACGUCUGGCAAGUGCUACUGCACCACUAAAGGGGUCAAAGGAGACCAGUGCCAGCUUUGUGACUCCAUGAACCGUUACCUUGGCAACCCUCUCAGAGGAACAUGUUACUAUAACCUUCUGAUAGACUACCAUUUCACCUUCAGUCUUCUGCAGGAAGAUGAUCACCAAUAUACAACCAUUAACUUCAUGGCCUCUCCAGAUCAGCCCAAUAAGAACAUGGAGAUGUUUAUCAAUGCAUCAAACAACUUCAAUCUCAACAUUACAUGGUCCUUUGGCUCAGCAGUUGGCACAGUGUUGUGGGAAGAAUUCUCCAUCGUGUCCAAGAACAACAUUAAAGACUACAAAAACACCUUCUCUUGUGAGAGAUUUGGUUUCCGUGCCAACCCCAAUAUUACCUUCUAUGUCUAUGUCAGCAACUUCUCAUGGCCCAUCAAAAUCCAGAUUACCUUCUCCCAGCACAGCAGCAUCAUGGACCUGGUCCAGUUCUUUGUGACCUUUUUCAGCUGUUUCCUUUCCCUUUUGCUGGUUGCUGCGGUGGUUUGGAAAGUAAAGCAGACAUGCUGGGCUUCCAGGAGGAGGGAGCAGCUCAUGCGGGAGCGGCAGCAGAUGGCCAGCCGGCCCUUUGCCUUGGUUCCAGUGUGUCUCGAGGUGACUGAGGAGGAGGAGGAGCUUCUCAUGGACCAAGUGGAGACUGAGCCUGGCCCCAUAGCCGUCGAGCCGUGUUCAGGUACCCGAGCUGCAGUACUGACUGUGUUGGUCAACUUGCCCCGAGAGAACUCUGGAGUGCCUCCUCCAGGCCAGUCUGGCAUCGCCGUAGCCAGCGCCCUUAUUGAUACCUCACAGCAGAAGCCCGCCGACUUCAAAGAAGAGGGCUUGGGCAUGAAGAGUCGCAAACAGCACCUUGUACCGCACCGGAGUACUUGUGUUUGA